GGUUGGAUUUUGUGGUAGCAGCAAAGACAGUCGACUACUACUGUAGUUAUAACAUCUUUGAGUGGUGGUCAGUGCCAAAACUCUUUGCAUCCACCCAUAGAGUACAAAUAUACUUUCUUCUAUGCUUCCACUGGAAAUGCUUCCCGCCCGUUCCCGCCUUUCUUUGAGUGUGAUCACUGGACGUCACUGCAAAUCAAUUACUGGUCCUGAAAGUGAGAACCAGUUGAUAACCUCUUGUGUAACUGUUCAGAAGCUGUUGCUUCCUUCCAUAGUGUAUAAAAUUAUCUUGCUCCGUGCUUCUUGUGAUCUGCUUCUUCACAGUUUAAGUUCAAGCAGUGAAUCGUGUGUUUUAGUGAAAAGUAUUUUGUAUGAACAUGGAAUCUGAAAAUACACCUGAUGAUCUUAUACAAAAGCGUAAUAGAUUAAUGAACGAAGUUGUUUCAUUGCGAAGAAAAGUCCCCAAAACACUUGUAGCACUGGAAGAGAAAAUACAAAAGAAGAAACUGAAGGAGCUUGUGAGAUUUUAUGAGUUAAUAAUUUUUAUGUUUGGUGUAACAAGAGAAUAUCGCCCUGAUGCGAUUCAAGAUCAACUUAACUGUUACCUUGCGGAAAAGUCUGCUUGUGAGGGAAGAAGGGUACCCAAUUGGAUAAAUGAUUUGAAGAGUGUGAAAGCUACUAUUGCAAAAGUUGAGGAAGCCAAUACCUUAUUACAAGAAAGAGAAGAAAAUGGUAUUGAUUUUAAUAUUCUUAUGAAAAAGUCUUUGGAAGCUCAGGAGAGACUUCAUCAUUUUGAAGUGGCUCAAAAGCAAUUAGCCAAUGAGAAUCCUUUGAUCACAAGAGCUCGUCUUGAGGGAUACAACCACAUGAUACAUCUCAAAGCAAAUCAAGAAGAAAAAGAUCAUGUAGAUAUGGAAGUUGAACAGUCUUAGAUGUAGUUCUCCAUGACUAAGAGACAUUUGUGAAUUGUGAUUGGAACUGUUGCGGCAAGACUUGUGGGCAUUGGUUGCUGCUGUUUGUGUGGUUUUUACCUUGGUAGAUAAACAUUUCAAGGUUCUUAAAUAGUAUUCAGGUGACCAGAAUGCUAGUAACACUGAAAACAUGAAGAAUACGGACUUAAGAUUGAAUCAUAUCUUGUGGUACGGCCAUUUGUGUGCUGAUACUAAUUAACCAAGAAUGCUUACUUGACAGGUUUGCAAUGAUGGUGUUUCUUAAACUAUUAAUUUAUUUAUUUUGUUAGAUAAUACAUAUGUGCAUGUAUGUUAUUACUGUUAUAUAUUGUUAAUAACAUUUUUAUAGAAGUGUUUAAUUGGUAUCGUCGUAAUACUUACUUUAGUUUUAAAACAAAAUGUAAGGAGUGUUAUAAAUAAAAAGAGAAUAUAAUAGUAUA